ACAGCAAACAAGGCGCACACUUGAGGGGCCUCAGGCGGGCUACUACCCGCGUCGCCGCCAUGAUCCCCCCUGCGGACUCUCUGCUCAAGUAUGACACCCCGGUGCUGGUGAGCCGGAAUACAGAAAAGCGGAGCCCCAAAGCCCGGCCACUGAAAGUCAGCCCCCAGCAGCCUGGACCCUCCGGUCCAGUCCCACAGCCACCAAAGACCAAGCUCCCCUCAACUUCUGUCCCAGAUCCUACAAAGCAGGCAGAAGAAAUCUUAAAUGCCAUCCUACCCCCAAGGGAGUGGGUGGAGGACACGCAGCUGUGGAUCCAGCAGGUGUCCAGCACCCCCAGCACCAGGAUGGAUGUGGUGCAUCUCCAGGAGCAGCUGGACCUGAAGCUGCAGCAGCGGCAGGCCAGGGAGACCGGCAUCUGCCCCGUGCGCAGGGAGCUCUACUCACAGUGCUUCGAUGAGCUGAUCCGAGAGGUGACCAUCAACUGUGCGGAGAGGGGGCUGCUGUUGCUUCGAGUCCGGGACGAGAUCCGCAUGACCAUUGCCGCCUACCAGACCUUGUAUGAGAGCAGUGUGGCCUUUGGCAUGAGGAAGGCGCUGCAGGCUGAACAGGGGAAGUCAGACAUGGAGAGGAAAAUUGCAGAAUUGGAAGCAGAAAAGAAAGAUUUGGAGAGGCAAGUGAACGAGCAGAAAGCCAAGUGUGAGGCCAUCGAGAAGCGGGAGGUUGAGAGGAGACUGGUAGAGGAGAAGAAGCACAAUGAGGAGAUUCAGUUCCUCAAGCGGACGAACCAGCAGCUGAAGGCCCAACUGGAAGGCAUUAUUGCACCAAAGAAGUGAUCAUUUCCACAUGGGUCUCGGCGAGCACUGCUACCCCAUCCUAAACGCGUUGUAAUAAAAAGAAGCUAGUUUCCUGAGUGAACAGGCCAUACCCUCCCCCGAACCCCCACCUACAUGUUUGUCAGAAGUCACACUUUGCCCCAGUGGCAUGGAACACAGGUCUGGCAGCCAGGCUCCUGGAUGGGCUGUAGAAGGCAGUGCAGCCAACGGUCUCUGUACAUGGCCAGCCUUGGGAUUUGCCAACUCAGAAAGUAGGGCCUUUUGCCAUAUCCCUUGCAGGUGAAACAACUGCUUUCCCACGACUGCUCCCUCCUCCCAACUACUCCUAGCCAAAUGGGCCACCUCCCUGUCCCAUCUCUGGUCCGUGAUGCAUCUUGUACCUGACCUAGGGCUGCUGUGGCCUCGGUCCUUCCCUUGAGGUCCUUCACCAUCCCCACCCCAGUGCAGUUGUAGGGACUGCUGCAGGAGCUGUGCGUUUAUAUGAGGUCAUUUUACGCCUGCCCACCACGCCCACCACAGCCUCUUCCCUAGUCUCAGGCUGCCCGGGUGAGGCAGCAAUGGCAGAGUCAAAGCCACGGCUUCUGAGCAAGUAAAUGUCUGCUGGGAAGAAACACAAGCCACGAGGUCCAUGAGCUGCCUGCCCCUCAGCAGCCCUGAGUUGCUUUGUUCAUCUUACUCGGCAGGGAAUCCCACCGUGACACUACAGCCCUCUGGCUAGCUGUGUUAGUGAACUGGAGAGGCACCCAAACCUCACAUGCAGGUCUAAUUACUCACGCGGAGGCUGCGGCCCAGAGACUGCAUUUUACGACUCCUCCCAAGUUCAACCCAGAGUUCAGAGGCCCAGGGCUGCUGCUGGUUCCACAGGCAGAACAGUACGUGAGCAACACAGAUCUCUCAUUCAGGGCAGCCCGGAGUGGGCCAGCGCAGCGAGGAGUGACUGCCCUCCUUCCUGCGGAUGCAGACUGCACAAGGAACACACUUAGGAGGGCACGAGCAUGUCCACUUGGCUGCGCUGCCUCAAGUGGCUCAGUGUUGCCCUCAGGUGCCAGGAGGGACCCUCCGUAGCAGACCUCUGACCCGACAUCGUCCCUCUGAAGGCUCCAAGGCUCCCUGGAAGGGCAGUCUGACAAGAAGAGCUGUGUUCCAAGUCAAACUUGCCCUGUGCCCCUCUCCUCUAAGAUCAGAAGCCAGCUUUUACCCCUGUCCACGUGUCCUCGGGCAUUCUAAGGCGCCACUGCAAUCACCUGUGGGCUGCCAUUUUCGUGGGCGAGAGCUCUGCUCGCUGAGAUGGGCUAGACACGAGAGUCCUUGGCAGUGAAGCACCUAUGUCCUCACCACGACUCCGGGACAGCUUGAGUGGCAUUUUCCCCUCCUAUUUUAAAGCCUGGGCCAUGUACACUACAUCCUUGAGAUUUUGUUUUCACACUUCUGUUUCAAACUAAUUGUCGGUAUGACAGAAAUACCACCUUUUCCAUGCUGUAGACCUCAUCCCUGUUUCUGUCAGAGACCUGCAUGCCACGUUAACGCUCUGGAGGAACUAAGAGGGCUCGUGGAGGUGUCAGAAGUGCCCCUGGACCCCAUCACCUAAAGCCUUGGGGUUGCAGGGACUUUCUUUUAACAGCACUGGUGAAGGGUUUCAACUGUCAAACCUCAGAAUACAUCAGGGCCUUAGAAAUGCCAACUGGGCAUGAAGAGAAGAAUACAGUUUCUAAUUGCAUAUUUUUGUAUAAUUU